GUCGCAGCUGUGUAGUGUACGUGUACACUGUAGGAGUCAAAACCAUCGCGUCACUCUCGUCCUCCCCAGUCCCCUCCGUGGCUGUGGCUCCGCUCCCAGUCCGCCACCGCCGCGUCAUGCCAUGCUCCCUCUCCUCCUCGCUCUCCUCACCGGAGCUGCCCCUACGGUGUCAGCAUCCGGGGACGGUUGCCGCGUCGGCUGCCCGCUGGCCCUCGCCGCGUACUACUUCUCAGCGGAGUCCAACCUCAGCUUCAUCGCCUCCCUCUUCGGCAUCGCCGACCACAACAAGCUGCUCCCCUACAACCCCGGCAUCGUGGACCCGAACUACAUCGUCACCGGGGAACGCGUGAGCGUCCCGUUUCCUUGCUCCUGCCUCGGGCUCCCCGCUGACCCAGCCUCCACCUUCCUCGCGGGGUCGCUCCCCUACACGCUCUCCGGCGGCGAGACGUACGACGACGUUGCCUCGGAAUUCGCCAACCUCACCACCGCCUCGUGGCUGGGGGUCACCAACGCGGACCCGGCGGGCAAGUUGCCCGCCGCUGGGAAGAUCAAUGUCACCGUGAACUGCUCCUGCGGCGACAAGAGGGUAUCGCCGCGGUACGGGCUGUUCCUCACCUAUCCGCUCUGGGAAGGGGAGACGCUCUCCUCGGUGGCGGAGCAAUACGGAUUCUCGUCUCCUGCGCAGUUGGAGCUGCUCAGGAGGUACAACCCCGGGAUCGGGAUGGACAGGGCCUCCGGGAAGGGGAUCGUGUUUGUCCCAGUGAAAGACGGCAGUUACCGCCCUCUGGAAUCAGAUGCUGGAAAUAUCCUUUCUGGAGGAGCGGUAGCAGGAAUUGUGAUAGCCUGUAUCAUUAUUUUGAUUGCUGGCAUCUGGCUGUUUGCAAUGUAUUAUAGGAAGCAGAAAAUGAGAAAAGCCAUACCACUCACAUGUCUAGAAGAUUCUGUCCAACUUAGCAAGGUUUCACAAGAUGAGGGCAUAAAGGUUGACAGAUCCAUAGAGUUCUCAUAUGAAGAACUUUCUGAUGCUACAAACAACUUUAGUAUGGACCAUAAGAUUGGGCAAGGGGGUUUUGGUUCUGUUUAUUAUGCUGAGCUUAGAGGCGAGAAAGCUGCCAUAAAGAAAAUGGAUACAAAGGCAUCUCAAGAAUUCCUCAAUGAAUUGAAGAUUUUGACACGCGUCCAUCACACAAAUCUGGUGCGCUUAAUUGGUUAUUGUGUUGAGAGUUGCUUAUUUCUUGUUUAUGAAUUUAUUGAGAACGGAAACCUAAGCCAGCAUCUGCAUGGGACGGGUUAUGAACCUCUCUCAUGGACCAGUAGAGUGCAAAUUGCCCUUGAUUCAGCAAGGGGUCUAGAGUAUAUACAUGAGCACACUGUUCCAGUGUAUGUGCAUCGAGAUAUCAAGUCUGCAAAUAUCCUGAUAGACAGAGACUUACGAGCAAAGGUUGCAGAUUUUGGACUGACAAAACUUUCAGAAAUUGGAACUACAUCACAGUCACUCCCAUCACUACGAGUUGUUGGUACAUUUGGUUACAUGCCUCCAGAGUAUGCUCGAUAUGGUGAGGUUUCUCCUAAGGUGGAUGUCUACGCUUUUGGUAUAGUCCUGUAUGAACUUCUUUCUGCCAAAGAAGCUAUUGUGAGAUCAACAGAAUUCACUGAUGCACAAGGCCUGGUUUAUCUGUUUGAGGAGACUCUCAGCAUGCCAAACCCCAUGGAAGCUCUUCAGGAAAUGAUUGAUCCAAGGCUAGGAGGUGACUACCCCAUUGACUCGGCUGUGAAGAUUGCGUACCUUGCAAAGUCAUGCACGCAUGAAGAGCCCAGGAUGAGGCCUACCAUGAGAUCUGUAGUGGUUGCUCUCAUGGCGCUUUCAUCCAAGGACCAUGAGUUAACUCGGGGACACGAUUAGCAUAGCACAUUGUCCCUGGGGCUGCUUUCCAUGUCAGAUGAAAACAAUACAAAAGCUAUCGUGUACAGAUGCAAUGUAUUUUCGUUCUGAUUUUGUAGCGCUUAAGUUGGCUAGUAACAUUGUGUGUAGUUUUCUUUGCCUGCUUCUCUAUAACAACAAAAAGGGGAUGACCGAGCGGUCUAAUAAGAGCCCCCACCCAAUUAAGAUGAUAAUGGAUAUGGCUCGGCCACUUCCGAGCCGGCAAUAUUUA